CUGCUGCUCAAUCAUGGCUCCCAGAAGAUAUGGCCUCCUGCCUUCGUCAAGGUGCUGAAGUCCUGCGCGGCUGUGCCGGAGAUCAUCGAAGUCCUUUUCAAUUCCUACUCCCAAAUUCCCAUCUCUGAGAAGUGGGUCGAGGCCGUGCCAGAGGAAGUGUUCCAGCAGCACCAGAUCUUCUACGAAUCCUUUUUCCGGUUGGCGGGCACAGUCCGGUGUCUCCAACAUUUAUGUCGCUCCGCCAUCCGGAAAAAGUUUGGCAGUAAAUGUCAUUGUCUCAUCCCUCUGCUGCCCGUGCCCAAACCUCUGCACGAUUACCUGCUGCUGGAACCCGAAGGAGUUGUGCUUUGA